AUGCCAUCCCACCUCCAUCUCCGUCCCCAUUUCCAGCAGGAGGGGGAGGAGGUGGGGUGUUGGCCCGUGGGGGACGGCUGGGCUGCAGCAACUGCCACCACUCCUCCUCCUGUCAUCCCCCCGCCCCGUGUCUCCCGUGCUGCUACCCCGUCGUUCCCGUGCUCCCGUGCUCCCGUUCUCCCGUUCGUCCCGUGCGUUCCGUGCUCUCGUUCGUCCCGUGCUGCCCCGUGCUUCCCGUGCUCCUGUUCGCCCCGUGCUUGCCCCGUGCCCAUGCACGUGCUGUCCGCCCGUGUUCGCCGUGCUUGCCCCGUGCCCAUUCCCGUGUUGCCCCCGUGUUCCCUUUCUGCCCCCGUGUUCCCGUGCUGCCCCCGUGUUCCCGUGUUGCCCCCGUGCUCCCGUGCUGCCCCCCGUGUUCCCGUGCUGCCCGGCUCUCCCCGUGUUACCCCGUUCAGCCCGUGUCCUGCCCCGUUCUGCCCGUGUUGCCCCGUUCAGCCUGUGCCCAUGAUAAUACCCGUGUUCUGCCCGUUUCCUGCCCGUGUUCUGCCCGUGAUCCUGCCCGUGAUUCUGCCCGUACUGCUGCCCGUGAUUGUGCCCGUGAUCAUACCCGUGUGCUGCCCGUAUUUUGCCCGUGUUCUGCCCGUGAUCCUGACCGUGAUUCUGCCCGUGAUUCUGCCCGUGUUGUCGCCCGUGAUUUUGCCCGUGAUUCUGCCUGUGAUCCUGCCCGUGUUGCUGCCCGUUCCCGUGCCAUACUGCCCGUGCCCACCCGUGUCUCCAGUUGCUGCCCGUGUUCUACCCGCGCCCAGUGUCCCCCGUUCUGCCCGUGCUGCCUGUUCUGCCCGUGUCCUGCCCCGUUCUGCCCGUGUUGCCCCGUUCAGCCCGUGUUGCCCUGUUCUGCCCGUGUUGCCUUGUUCAGCCCCCCGUGUUCUGCCCUGUUCUGCCCGUGUUGCCCCGUUCAGCCCGUGUGCUGCCCCGUUCUGCCCGAGUUGCCCCGUUCAGCCCGUGUCCUGCCCCGUUCUGCCCGUGUUGCCCUGUUCUGCCCGUGCUGCCCCGUUCUGCCCGUUUGUGCCCUACCCGUGCUGUCCGUACCCGUUGGUGCCCCACCCGUGCUGUCAGUUCUCGCUCGUGCCCCACCCGGUCUGUGCUGCCCGGUCUCGUGCUGCUCGUCACCCCCAUGCGGCCCGUCCCGUCCAGCUCCUAGUUGCUACCCAAACCCGCUACCCGUACCCGUGCUCCUCGCACACCGUGCACCAGCUGCGGGGCGUUCAACCGCAACCAGGCACCUGUUCCACCGCGGUGGUUCAGAUGCUGCUUGGUGGUUGCUGCUUGUCAGCUUCAGAGGGGGCCCCUUGCUGGUGUUCCCACGCCCUGUAA